AGUUUGCGGGCACAGCUCGGGAUUGGAAAGCAGAACUGGCGUAUGAGAAAUCGAUGGCGUCAAGCUGACGUGCCUAUGCUAUCUUCUGUCUUCAACAGUCUCUUUCGUUCGCCCACAACUUCAGAAUCCAGCAUGGCCGUCAAAGACCUUGUAGAGUCUGCAAUUGCGGACAACAAGAUUAUGAUCUUCUCCAAGUCCUACUGCCCCUACUGCAAACGCUCCAAGGCUCUGUUCGCCAAAGAGUUCCCUAAUGAAACCCCGGUCAUCUUCGAGCUUGACCUUCGGGAGGAUGGCGAUGAGAUCCAAAGCUACCUGCGCUCCAAGACGGGUCAGACUACCGUCCCGAACGUAUUCAUCAACACUCAGCAUGUUGGUGGCAACGAUGAUACCCAGGCUGCAUUCAAGACUGGGAAGCUUACCAGCCUCGUCAACAACGUAUGA